AGUAUUGAAGAAAAAAGGAAGGGUAAGUAAAUUGGGAAUGGUGGUGGUAGUGCCAGGUGUCUGUCUGAGGAGAAAAUAGAAUAAAAAGCUAUGAAAUUUUGGCACAAGGUCUGAUUGUAGAAUUGAAGAAGAUGACUGGGGGGGGUAUCACUAUGCAAUCGACGCCGGGAAGCUCAGGAUACUUGGAUUUGUAUCCAGAGCGGAAGAUGUCCUUUUUCAAAAAUCCUUACAUUCUCGGACUGGCUGCUGUCGCCGGCAUCGGUGGUCUCCUCUUCGGCUACGACACUGGUGUGAUAUCAGGGGCUCUUUUAUACAUUAAGGAUGAUUUUGAGGAGGUUAGAAACAGCAAUCUUCUCCAGGAAACAAUAGUCAGCAUGGCUAUUGCCGGGGCAAUCGUGGGAGCAGCAUUGGGUGGUUGGAUUAAUGAUGCCUAUGGUCGAAAGAAGGCCACCCUCUUUGCCGAUGUUAUCUUUACCGCCGGAGCAAUAAUCAUGGCUUCUGCUCCAGAUCCUUAUGUUCUCAUUUUGGGACGCCUUCUGGUUGGUUUGGGUGUGGGCAUAGCUUCUGUCACUGCUCCCGUUUAUAUUGCAGAAGCAUCACCUUCCGAAAUAAGGGGUUCAUUAGUCAGCACAAAUGUCCUCAUGAUAACCGGUGGACAGUUUCUUUCCUAUCUUGUUAACCUCGCUUUUACUGGUGUUCCUGGUACUUGGCGAUGGAUGCUUGGUGUUUCUGGUGUGCCUGCUGUUGUUCAGUUUGUUCUCAUGCUCUUCCUCCCUGAAUCCCCAAGAUGGCUUUUUGUCAAGAAUAGGAAAAAUGAAGCCGUUGAUGUGCUUUCUAAGAUCUUUGACGUUGCUCGCUUAGAAGACGAAGUCGAUUUCCUCACUGCUCAAUCCGAGCAAGAGCGCCAAAGAAGGUCAAAUAUCAAAUUCUGGGAUGUUUUUAGAUCCAAAGAAAUCAGACUGGCAUUCCUCGUCGGUGCCGGACUUCUGGCUUUUCAGCAGUUCACGGGUAUUAACACAGUCAUGUACUACAGCCCGACAAUUGUCCAAAUGGCAGGGUUCCAUGCUAAUGAAUUGGCUCUUCUUCUAUCCCUUAUAGUUGCCGGCAUGAAUGCAGCCGGAACAAUUCUUGGCAUUUACCUUAUCGACCAUGCUGGACGAAAAAAAUUAGCUCUUUCUAGUCUGGGAGGAGUAAUUGUAUCUUUGGUCAUCUUGGCCUUUGCAUUUUAUAAGCAAUCAUCCACGUCAAAUGAGUUGUAUGGAUGGCUUGCAGUUGUAGGCUUAGCCUUGUAUAUUGGUUUUUUCUCGCCAGGAAUGGGGCCUGUGCCAUGGACUCUGAGUUCAGAGAUAUAUCCGGAAGAAUAUCGAGGUAUCUGUGGGGGCAUGUCAGCUACUGUGUGUUGGGUCUCAAAUUUGAUUGUCUCAGAGACCUUUCUUUCAAUUGCGGAGGGUAUAGGGAUUGGUUCAACUUUUCUGAUUAUUGGUGUCAUAGCUGUGGUUGCAUUUGUAUUUGUGCUUGUUUAUGUUCCAGAGACCAAAGGAUUGACCUUUGAUGAAGUGGAAGUAAUAUGGAGGGAGAGAGCUUGGGGCAAGAACCCCAACACACAAAACCUUCUUGAGCAGGGAAGUAGUUCCUAAUUAAUAAAGUGUGAGCUUGUUGGCCUAAAUAGAUGUAUCGUGUGGGUACAUUUCACAUAAGCAUUUUAUUAUGACUUUAUAUAUCAUACUGUUUGAUUUGGUUCGCAUCUUUCACUUGCCUCAUAAUAUAAGUGAAUGGAAUGGGAAUAGUUGUGUAGUUCCAUCGAUCGGCACCAUCAUUAAAAUGCUGUAGUUCCAUCGUCCAUGGUUAUUUCAACUCAUUUUGUGGAGUUUCACUUUUACAACGUGACUUCUCACUUGCCUU